AAGAAAGAAAGAGAGAGAGAAAAAGAGAGAGAGAGAGAGAGAGAAUAAAGAAAGGAAAGGGGGUGGAGAAAGGAAGAUCCAGACACCGUCUCACUCACUCACUCUCUCACUCACUCACUCACUCACUCCCUCACUCCGAACCCCAUCGACUGCUCGAGAUAUAUUUUGUUUGAAAAGUGGCAUCGAUUUAACAGGAGCCAAACAGCCGGAGUGACUCUCUCUCUGUGUGUGUCUGUGUGUGUGUCUGUGUCUCUCUGUCUGUGGAUUCCAACACUGGUUUCCCGACAGUUGGAUCUGGGCAUCAGUCACCUUCUUCCCAACCACUUCGUCCUCUCCAGCAAAGCAACAGCGACAGCAGAAAGGAGAGAAGAGAGAGAGAGAGAGAGAGAAAAAGAAAGGAAGUCCUAGUUAUUAAGGCAAUCGGCAGCUACAAUCCACCUCCAUCCGCCUCGCAUGCACCAGCCAAGGCUUUGGAACUAAUAACUCUUCGCCCGAGAGCUUCAAGUUGCUAAUCCCUCGCCUGCGAUGGUGACACACAGUAAGUUUGGCGGGAUGCACCGUCCUGUCGACUCUCCCGGCCAGAGACUAUAUCGGCUCAAGACCUUCGCCUCCAAAAACGAGUACAACCUGAUCGUCAACACAGUGCGCAAGCUCAAGGAGAGCGGUUUCUAUUGGAGUACAAUGAACGGUGCGGAGGCCAAUCGCUUGCUCAGCCCGGAGCCGGCCGGGACCUUCCUGAUCAGGGACAGCUCGGACAACCGGCACUUCUUCACGCUCAGCGUCAAGACCGAUUCGGGGACCAAAAACCUAAGGAUACAGUGUGAGAACUGCGCCUUCUUCCUCCAGACGGACUCUAAAAGCGCCCAGGCCGUGCCCAAGUUCGACUGCGUCCUGAAGCUGGUGCACCAUUACAUGUCUGCCAAGUCGCCGGCCACCGGCAAUGUGAAACGAGGGUAUUUCAUCUACUCUGGGGGAGAAAAGGUGCCUCUGAUCCUCUCCAAACCCUUGGCCUCCAGCGUUUCCACUCUACAGCAUCUGUGCAGAAGGACUGUCAACGUGGCCGGGGACAUGUCUGGCAAAGUGGACGGGUUGCCUAUGCCAGUGAGACAAUUCCUACAGGAGUAUGACUCUCCAGUAUAAAACUAUUUCUGUUUCUUUUUUCCCCCGUUUCUCCAUGACGCCAAAGGUUACAACUUAUUCCAACUCAAGCAAAUUCCACUCUCUUCCUCUUCCCCACCCCACCUUUGCUGGAUUUUCUUCCAUCCCCUCCGCCCACCCCCAUUUUCUGAAAGGGAAAGGACAAUAAAGCUUGAAGAGAGGAAGAGAGAGACAAAAAGACUUACCGUAACAUUUUGCACACUUUUUUUAAUUUAUAAAAAAAAACAAAAAAUGUGGAUAAUUUAUAAUAAAAUGCACUAUUUUUAAUGAAAAACAAA